AUGAGUUCGUCCAUCAAGCGUUACACCAUAGAAAUAUUUUCAGGAAUUUUAUAUGGGCUACGAUAUUCGCAUCAUCACCUAGUUCACUCCUACAUUAUCAUUCCCAUUGGUAUCGUCAUCCUAUUCACAAUCCUCUACGGGUUUAAUGUCCUUCUUUCUGAUAUCUUCAAAAUUGAGUUCCCGGCGUCGGUCUUGGGGAUGUUGAUCAACUUGAUCUUUUUGUGUAUCCUUGACUAUCUUGCAUCUUUUCGGGACGCAGAUGCUAAUUCGAAGCUGCGCUGGGUGAUCCUGGUAGGGGAGGUAUCAUCUUGGGUAUUGGAAAAGUACUUGAUGAUAAUUCAGCCGAGCAUGAACUUCUCCCUCAAAUGGAUAAAUGUAUUUUUCAUUCCAUCGUUUGUGAUCCUUCCGUUGAGUGACCAUAUUACCUUCAUAGAGUGUUUGAAGAUUGCCGCAGUAUUUCUUGUAGGCGGUGUUGCACUUAUGUUGUUCGAUGUCUAUUCUAUUUGUUUGUUGAAGAAGAUUCUCAACGCGUGUCAUCUUGGACAUUUUGAUAAUGAGAAAGUCUUAAACAACGACUCUCAGAGUCCCGAUUCAACAAAGCUUGAUGAAGAAAAAGAUUCCGAUGAGAGAGAUAUUUUCUCGGAUUCCAGGUCCUAUAUAUCAGCAAGAGUUGAUAUCACCACAAUUGAUGUCUCAAACCUUAGAUCUACAAGAACAGCACCAGAAUCCAAGCCUCAGAAUUCUGAUAUUUCCGACAAUCCUUUCAUGAACACGAUUGCGGAACCAAACAACCUACAAAGAAGUCUGACUACUCCUCAAAGCUUCUCUCCUGAUAAACAAUCAUCCUCUGAGAUCACGUCCAGAGAUAAUAUCUUCUCUGCCACGGGAACUCCACCAGAAGCCUCUGGCGAAGAUCCCCUCGCACACCUUUCGGAUCUAUCCAAGAAGGUCACUUUGUUCGUGACUAAUUACAUUGACUGGUUCUUAUUUGUUGUCCUUUUCAUAAUAUCCUUGCCACUUUAUUACUCAAGGAGUCUACAUGUGAUGCUCUUCUAUCAUCUAAGCAUCACCGUCUUGUCAUUUUACCUUGCUUUGCUAGUACCUGUUAAAAUACCACAGCUUAAGAAGUUUGCACACCCCAUCUUGAUAUCAACGGCAGAAAUAUUGUUCGUCUGCUUCAUCGGAUCCCUCAUAUAUCAUAAGGGGUCGCCCAAAGGAUUUUUAGAUGAUCUCAAGUACUACAAAACCGGGAAGACGUAUCUACGUCUUUUCAACGGUAAGAGAAUCUGUACCUCUCUGGCCUGGAUGUGGGGAUAUAUUAUCAUCGUUGAUGGAUGUCUCAAUCGUCUCUCUAUCUUUGCCAAUGUUCACACACAAGAGAGACUUUAUUCGCAACUUUUGGAUCUUAAUGCCAACAAUUUUAGCCUCAAUGGCCCUUACUUUUUUCUGUUAUCCACUCGUUAG